AUGAAGUACUCGACGAUCUUGGCCGGCACGCCCACUGCAGUGACUGCCCAAGGCAGCUACCCAGUACCGACCAACAACCUUACCUUCGAUGCCACCAUCAACAUCGAUGUGGCGUACAAGUAUCAAACCAUGAUUGGUGGUGGAUGCUCUGGAGCCUUUGGCGCCGCCUGCACCACCAACACCCUCUCAGCUGCGGAUCAACAGACUGUGGUCAAGACGCUAUUCAAUGAGAAUUAUGGUGGGCUUUCCGUCCUCCGCAACAUCAUCGGAUCGUCCACAGGCUCGACCAUCCUGCCCAAAGUCCCUGCUACUCCAGCUGGACCCUUCAACUACAGCUCUCUCCAGAGUAUCAAUAACGAUGGCUGUCAGUUGACUCUUGCUCAGAGGGCCCGCAGCUACAAUCCGGAUCUGUACAUCUAUGCCGAUGCCUGGUCUGCCCCCGGCGGCUUCAAGACUACCGGUCGUGAAGCCGGUGGCGGAAUCAUCUGUGGCGUUCGCGGCAGCAAUUGCACCUACGACUGGCGGGAGGCCUAUGCGAACUAUCUUGUGCAGUAUGUCAAGCUGUACCAGCAGCAGAACCUCAGCGUGUCUCUGCUUGGCGCGUUCAACGAGCCUGACUUCAACCCCUUCACCUACUCGGCUAUGUUGUCAGAUGGCUACCAGGCCUAUGACUUCCUCUCUGUCCUCUACCCCAUUGCCAAGAAGGCAUUCCCUGAGCUCAACGUGUCCUGCUGCGACUCGACUGGCGCUCGCCAACAGCGUGAUCUUCUCUACGAGCUCAACCGUCUUGGCGGUGGCAAGUUCUUCGAUGUGAACACCUAUCAUAACUACCAAUCCGACAUCAAGCGUCCUUUCAGCGACCUGUUGCCCUACGGUCAGCCCACUUUGGAGACCGAGUGGAGUGACGGUGGCUCGACAUGGACUGCAACCUGGGACGCCUCCGGCAACAACUUCGAGGGCUUCCAGUGGGCCAUCUACCUACACAAUGCUUUCCGCAACAACGUCUCGGGAUGGCUACACUGGUGGUGCAGCUGGAGCAGCCCUGAUGCCGGCCUCGUCCUCGUCAACGGCACCGACUACUUCGUCGCGUCUCGUCUGUGGGCUAUGUCUGGUUACUUCCGCUUCGCCCGCCCCGGCGCUGUUCGCAUCGAGGCGGAUUCGGAUGUUGAGGAGAUCUACGUCACCGCAUGGCAGAACACCAAUGGCACGAUUGCUAUCCCUGUCGUCAAUGCUGCUCACUACACUUACACUUUGAGCAUGAACUUGGCUGGAUCGGGCGUCAACCACGCUGUCGCUUAUCUUACGGACAACACCCACAAUCAGACUGUUGAUGGAGACUUCACCUUUAGUAACGGCCAGUUCACCACGACUGUUGAGCCGCGUAGCAUGAAGACCUUCUUCCUUGAUAAUUGUGCUUGA